GUUGUAGGGUUUCCAUUCACUCGCACCCACUGUAGCUUCCUCAUUUCCUCAAUUGGUCCUUAUCUCUGUGAUCAAUCUUCCAGAAGCCAUGAUUAUCCCGGAGAAGAAUCGGAGAGAGAUCUCCAAGUACCUCUUCCAAGAGGGUGUGUGCUACGCGAAGAAGGAUUACAACCUCGCUAAGCACCCGGAUAUUGAUGUCCCGAACUUGCAAGUGAUUAAGCUUAUGCAGAGCUUCAAGUCAAAGGAGUACGUGCGAGAGACAUUCGCGUGGAUGCACUAUUACUGGUAUUUGACCAACGAUGGCAUUGAAUUCCUUCGUACCUACCUUAAUCUUCCUUCGGAAAUUGUGCCAGCUACUCUCAAGAAGUCCGCCAAGCCCCUUGGCCGUCCCAUGGGUGGACCACCAGGCGACCGUCCACGUGGACCUCCAAGAUUCGAUGGUGAUAGACCAAGGUUUGGAGAUAGGGAUGGAUACCGUGGUGGGCCAAGAGGCCCUCCAGGCGAGUUUGGAGGUGAAAAAGGUGGAGCUCCUGCUGACUACCAGCCUGCUUUCAGGGGUUCCGGUGGAAGGCCUGGCUUCGGACGUGGAUCUGGUGGCUAUGGUGCACCACCCCCAAGUUAAAAAUUUCUCAAAAGAUAUUCUCUUUUUUGAGCUUCCAUUGUUUUUGGAUCUUGAGAGUUCCAGCUUCAGAAUUUGUCAGUGAAUGCGAGGCGUACCUUCUCUUUGAAAUACUAGGUUGUACUUUGAUUUCCUCCGCAAUUUUGUUCAUUUUGGAUCUUAAGUUAAUGGUGUUUUUAAUUUGUGCUGUAGCAGA